AUGGCAGAGGCAUCAGCAGCUUCCGCCUCUUCUUCAUACAGUCUGCCAGCGAUCCACGAGCUACACAUUCAAUCAGAAGCUUCGGCGAAUCCGCUGUCGUCCUCGCAAUCUGCUCGAGGGCACAACCGUGGUCGCAAUCGUGGUCGCGCACGAUCAAGAAGGACCGAUAACAUCAUCGCAUCAAAUGGCUCCGCUUCUACAAAUGAAGGCACUCCGUCCCAAUUGCCGGAGAGCUCUAUGCACAGCUCUACAAAGCCAACUUCCAAGAAAAAGGGCAACGGACGUGGUGCCGGCAGGUCUAGCAAACCCGAUGGCACAAACACAGCGUCUGAAUCGAACCAAAAGGCUUCUUCAUCAAAUUCUGCACCGCCACGCGUAGCAGCGCGGCGUCAGCAAUUCGGCGGCAAGCUCACUGGCGGGUCAGGGACUUCAACACCAGAACAGGCAAGCAGCACAUCAAAGCCAUCGCAAAACAGUCGGUCUAGGAAGCCAGCGGUCAAGGUCGCAGCAACUGCCGAUCCAGUCGAGUAUGCCGAUCUGCGUUCUCGUUUGCUUGCCGAGCUUUCAUCCGGAGAGUACGACUGUGUCAUCUGCUACAGCACUGUAACUACACGUCAAGCAACCUGGUCCUGUUCGCAAUGUCACUCCGUUCUCCACCUGCCGUGCGUUCGCAAAUGGGCCGAGAGCAGCGUCAAGAAGGCCGAAGAGCACAAUGCCAUGCAAGAGGAUCCCGAAAUUCGUAACCGUCGCGGCACGUGGCGUUGUCCUGGAUGUCAGUAUGCCAGAGAAGACGUUCCAAAGAUCUACUGGUGCUGGUGCGGCCGAACUCAGGAUCCAACUGGGGGCAGAGGCGCUAAUGCACACGGCUGCGGUCAGCGCUGCAGUCGCGGAAAAUGUGCCCAUGGCUGUGCCGAUGCCUGCCAUCCCGGUCCCUGCCCACCUUGCGCUGUCACCGUCUCUCAACAGUGCUUCUGUGGCGCCAAUACCAUCCCUAUGCGGUGCUCCCAGACUACGGCAAAGCAAGCUCGCAUCUCGACGCUCCACCAGCGCGGCACAUCGUGCGGUGACGUCUGUGGCAAGAAGCUUGAUUGCGGUGUGCACUCGUGUCAGAAUGUUUGUCAUCCAGGCAACUGUCAGCCCUGCUCGGUCUCAGUGGAAGCACGCUGCUAUUGUGGAAAGCACUUCAAAACCAUGCGCUGUGGGGAUGGCAUUCAACGCGAUAGUUUCGACGACACAAGCGCCUCCAUCUUCCCCGGUCGUUUUGCAUGCGAGGAUCGAUGUGAGCGCACCUUUGACUGUGGUGUACACUCGUGCUCCAACACCUGUCACGCUAGGGAUGCGGCUCGUCCAGUGUGUCCUUCCUCACCUCAAUUGGUUCAGACGUGUCCAUGCGGUGCUCAACCCGUCAAGUCGCGUACUUCGUGCCAGGAUCCCAUUCCCACCUGUGGUAACAUCUGCUCGAAAAUGUCGAAUUGCGGUCACCCCUGUCCGUCUGUCUGUCAUCUCGGGCCAUGUCCGCCUUGCCAGUUGCCAGUCUCAACGCCUUGCCGCUGCGGUGAGACCAAACAAAGCCGCGCUUGUUACGAGCGUCAGCAAGAAGAGCUUGAAGGGCAUCAAGAGGUUCUCUGCAACACAGUCUGCCAAUCUCUACGUCACUGCGGAAAGCACCAAUGCAACCGACAGUGCUGCCCACUCUACUUUCAGGCAAAGAGCAAGUCGAAAAAGAGGCCAACGGUCGCCGAGCUCCAAGCAAUGGACCCUGCCGGGCUGCACGAAUGCUCCAUUCCAUGUUCCAAGCCAUUGGCCUGUGGGCUGCACGAGUGUCCCAUGACAUGUCAUCGUGGCGCCUGUCCGCCAUGCCUUCAGGCCAGCUUUGAAGAGCUCAUCUGCCACUGCGGUCGUACCGUGUUGGAGCCACCUGUGCCAUGCGGCACACAAGUGCGCUGCAACUUUCCUUGCGUACGACCGCCACCCAGCUGCGGCCAUCCAAAGAUGCCACACGACUGUCAUGAAGAGGAAUCGUGUCCUCCGUGCGUCUAUCUCACCGACAAGGUCUGCCACUGCCAAAAGCAUAUCGUCAAGAACGUGCCGUGCAGCCGAUCGCGGGUUUCGUGCGGCCAAUCUUGCGAUGCACUACUUAAUUGCGGCUUCCACCGCUGUCAGGGAAUUUGCCAUGCCGCUGGCCGAGACUGCGCUCCUUGUGCCCAAGUAUGUGGUAAGCCGCGACGAUUGUGUCAGCACCCUUGCCAGCAAAAAUGCCAUGCGCCAUCCUCGUGCCCCGAAGCCGAACCUUGCGAGACUGUUAUCACGUUGCAGUGUGCAUGCGGCAACCUCCAAUCUCGCGCCACAUGCGGUGUAUCGAUCCAUGCGCAGAGCAGGGAAAAGUCACUCAAGUGCAAUGACUCGUGCAUCAUCGCGCAGAGGAACGCAAAGCUUGCUGAAGCACUCGGUCUGAACCCAUCCGAAAAGGCAGCGCCAGCCGCUUACGCAUACGAGACGCUCGCAUACUACGCUGUGCCAAACAACCGCAAGUUCUGCGACGGAUUGGAAGCCACGCUCAACGAUUUUGUUCGAUCGCCCAAAGCAGGCAUGGUUCUGCCGCCGGCCAACAAGUUCCAACGUAAAUUUACGCACGAACUUGCCGCUGUCUACAAGCUGGCGAGCGAGUGCAUGGAUUUGGAACCGCGUUGCAGUGUCAGCAUUCGACGUAAGCAGGACAGCCGUAUUCCCAAACCGUUGCUGACCGAAGCCUUUGCUUCAGCUCGCGCGUCGCUCAUGUCUUGGCAACAGCAGCAGCAACCGCAAGCUGCAGGCAGGUCAAUGGGUCUCGCUCAGCUGCAACGAUCCAGCACCGAUGCCCCCAAGCCGCUGAACGCCAUCUUCCUGCCUGGCGUGUUUGGACACGAUGAGGAUUCGCUGCGAUCUCUUUUGCAGCCGGCGCUCCGCACCAUUAAUUUUCAAAUCACCUGGCAAGGAGAUGAAGAUGUCGUCGUUACAUCGCCCGACUCGCCAACACGUCUCGUCAUGAUGAAGACGGAGCUCAAGUCGCUGGUUCGCAGGGAACAAUUUGCCCGCGACGUUAUCUUGUGUACUGUCGAUGCAAACAAGAACGUUUUACGCAGAGAAGAUGAGUUGAUGCUGAGCCGUGGCAACACUGCCGGUGCAGCAAUAGGCUCGGCAUGGGGCUCUUCGGCAAUGAAGCGAGGUGGAGCGAAAGCCAGCGGUUCUGGUGCGACGGGCUUUGCCAAUCCCAGCUCUGGUCCUGUAGGAGAUCGUGGUUGGGCUGCCGUCGCUUCUGGGUCCGGUCGCAACUCGCCCCUUACUGCUACUGAGCGUAUGUGGGACCAACCCACGAUGAUUACACAACUCAAUGGUGCCAGGGUAACUACAGCACCCACUGCUGGAAUUAUUCCGAACCCGAAUGAUCCUCGACGAUCCGCUACCCAUGUUGACCUACCCGCGGCCACUGGGGAAAGAGCAGCGGAACCUGCAGCCGCGGAUGGACCUGUACCUGAAAGCUGGGAAGACGACAACUAG